AUGUCUUCGCCGUCAAAACGCCUUUCGCGCGGCUCGCGCAGCUCACGCAACUCGCAGCCCCGAAGCAGCCCCGCUCCAGCUGGUCCAUCGGGUUCGGAUCCGGCAGAGGGGUUGAAUGCGACUCCCCGCCAGACCCGCGGUUCGGCGCUGGCUUCGAGUCCGCUAUUCUUCCAGUCGUCGCCCGCCAACAAUCCAAAUGCAGUCUCGUCUCCUCUCCGCCAGAUGAGCAACUCGCAGAGCACCGCGUCUCGCCUCAACAACGCCCCCAGCUCUCCCUUGCGCCAGCAGACAGACACGCAGAGCACUGGCGACCGCACUCCUCGCGCGAGUGGCACUGGCUUCCUUGGAGAAUCCUCCCCGAUCCGCUACGAGGCCAGCUCCAGCCCCGGGCGCAAUCUUACCCAGCAGUCAGACCUGCGAAGCGAGAGCAGUGCCCUGUUCGUGGGCUCAGAGAGGUCGGCCACUGCCCGGUCGCGGCGAGGAGAUAUCAACCCAGAUGUUCACCGCACCCCCCAGGUCCCGCGCCGCAUCAUUCUCGACGACUCAGGCCGCGUAAUCCGUGAUGGCUCCACCCUUGGGUCGGAUGCUGCCUCUUUCACAAAUAACAACCCCAAUACAUCCGAGGCCAAUGCCCUCAGCGGCUCCAGUCAGGGACUGAUCUGGGGUACUACCAUCUCUAUUGAUGAUUCGUUUGUCGCCUUUAAGGACUUCCUUAAGAACUUCACCAAGAAGUACCGCCUGUGGGCGGAUGGCGCAACCGAGCACGAGACGGACGGCAUGCCCGAGGCCAGCUCCAAGCCCUACUGGGAGACGCUGGAGAACAUGUUGCUGCUUGGCACAAACAAGCUCUACCUUGAUCUUCGCGACCUGAAAGCCUAUCCGCGGACCCUGAAGCUCUGGCACCAGGUACAGUCGUAUCCAAGCGAAAUCGUGCCUGUCAUGGAUCAGUGCGUUCACGACUGCAUGAUCGAGCUUGCGCGCUCUGAGAUGGCCACCCAGAGGGCUUCGCAGAGCACUUCGGGGCCCGCUCCACACGCCUCGCAGAGCUCGGAGCCUACCUUCCCUAGUUCGGAUCGGCCAGAAGAACCGUCUACCCCGCGUCCUUCGCAAGGGCCGCAACAACCGACCCUCGAGGACCAGGUCACGGAGAUGGCCUACGUUGUCCGGCCAUGGGGGCUCAAUGCUAAUACAAAUCUCCGUGAUCUGAACCCGUCUGAUAUGGACAAGCUUGUUUGCAUUAAAGGACUCGUCAUCAGAACCACGCCUGUCAUUCCCGACAUGAAGGAUGCCUUCUUCAAGUGCAGCGUUUGCGGCCACUCCGUCACCGUCAGCCUCGAUAGAGGAAAGAUCCGCGAGCCUACAGAGUGCCCCCGGAUUCGCUGCAAGUCCAAGAACUCUAUGCAGAUUAUCCACAAUCGAUGCAUGUUCGAAGACAAGCAGAUCAUCAAGCUGCAGGAAACUCCCGAUGCCGUUCCUCCAGGACAGACUCCGCACUCGGUGUCUGUCUGUGUUUACAACGAGCUCGUUGACUUCUGCAAAGCCGGUGACCGCGUCGAGCUGACAGGCAUCUUCAAGGUCACACCUGUCCGUGUCAACCCGCGCCAGAGAACGGUCAAGAGUGUGCACAAGACAUACAUCGAUGUCGUCCACGUUCAAAAGGUUGACAAAAAGCGGGUGGGCGCUGACACGUCGACCCUCGACCUCGCAGAGGAAGAGGAGGCCCAUGUCAACGGUCAGAGCCUGGACGAAGUUAAGAAGGUCACACCCGAGGAAGAGGAGAAGGUCAGGGCAACCGCCGCUCGUCCGGACAUCUAUGAACUUCUUUCACGCUCCCUGGCCCCCUCGAUCUACGAGAUGGAAGACGUGAAGAAGGGAAUCUUGCUUCAGCUCUUCGGAGGCACGAACAAGACCUUUGAAAAGGGCGCAAGCCCCAGAUAUCGUGGCGAUAUCAACGUUCUCCUCUGCGGCGAUCCAUCUACCGCCAAGUCACAGAUCCUGUCGUACGUGCACAGGAUCGCCCCUCGCGGUGUUUAUACUAGUGGAAAGGGAUCCUCGGCGGUUGGUCUCACCGCCUACGUGACCCGAGACCCAGAAUCGCGACAGCUCGUCCUCGAGUCUGGUGCGCUUGUGCUGUCAGAUGGAGGCGUCUGCUGCAUCGACGAGUUCGACAAGAUGAACGAGUCGACACGCUCAGUGUUGCACGAAGUCAUGGAACAACAGACAGUGUCGGUGGCCAAGGCGGGCAUCAUUACGACCCUCAAUGCCCGGUCUAGUAUUCUCGCAUCUGCCAAUCCCAUUGGUAGUCGCUAUAACCCGGAUGUGUCUGUCCCCCAGAAUAUCGACCUGCCGCCCACGCUGCUGUCCCGUUUCGACUUAGUCUACCUAAUCCUCGACCGCGUCGACGAGAAGACGGAUCAACGCAUGGCCCGCCAUUUGCUGUCGAUGUACCUCGAGGACAAGCCCGAGUCGGCGCAUUCGGAUGACGAUGUUCUGCCGGUCGAGUUCCUGACGUCGUACAUCUCGUACGCGCGAGCCAAGGUCCACCCAAAGAUCUCGCCAGAGGCAGGGCGGGAGCUGGUCGACGCGUACGUGGAAAUGCGCAAACUGGGCCAGGACGUGCGGGCGGCCGAGAAGCGCAUCACGGCCACGACGCGACAGCUCGAGAGCAUGAUCCGGCUGUCCGAGGCGCACGCCAAAAUGCGGCUCGCCGAGACGGUGACGCGCGACGACGUCAAGGAGGCGGUGCGCCUUAUCAAGGUCGCGCUCAAGACGGCCGCCACCGACUCACAGGGCCGCAUCGACAUGAGCCUCUUGACCGAGGGCACCAGCUCGGCCGAGCGCCAGCGCCGCGCCGAUAUGAAGACGGCCGUGCUAGUCCUGCUCGACGAACUUACGGCCGGCGGCCAGACGGUCCGCUUCAGCGACGUUGCCCGCAAGCUCAGCGAGUCGGCUGGCGUUCCAGUCGAGAACUCCGAGUUCGCUGACGUUAUGCGCACCCUUGAGAUGGAGGGCUCCGUCAUGAUAACUGGAGAAGGCGCGCGGAAGAGCGUUAGGAGAGUUACGGCCAGUGUUUAA